AAGUUCCGUAGAAUCUGGUCGCAUCAGUGGAAGGUCGCGUCGGGUCAACGGUCCAUCAACGGCUAAUCAAAACUCCGUGCAAGCAUGGCCUGUCGUCGACGCAAAAGUCGCCAAGUACGCUCGACUUAUCGAAUAAGUCGAUACAGAUCGCGAAGGAAAUCAUUCGCGUGCGGUAACGCGUCAACGUUCAUUUUCGAACGUGUAACCGUGAAGCUCGAGUACACGAAAUACUCGGUGACAAACGAUUCAACGAUCGGCGCGAGCACCGGUUGAAUCCGAUCGAUAGGUUAGAAUCGAUACGGGAGCGUAUCGAUUCGAUAAUGAAAAUCGAGGCUGCGUCGAGACUGUUCGCGAGUGCGUAGUUCGGUUCGAACAGUGACCGGUAUCGGUGGCAUCAGACGGUCGUCUCCCGGAAGAUCUUCACCGACGAGUCCGCGUGCUUGAUGUGAAUGUAUCUGGUGAUCGUGGACGCGGCGUUGUUGUUGUCGUUGCCGGUGCUGCCGUUGUGGUUGUUGUUGUUGUUGUUGAGCGUCUCGCGACUGGCCAGGCCGGACAUCACACCCGAUUUGGACCCCUCGUUGACGGCGUCUGCGGUCAGGAAUGAAUCAUUCGCUGGGUCGUCUUUGGACCUCGGCAGAGCAGAUUAAGAUAAAAAUUCCUCCGUCCAAACUUUCAACAUCACGCUAGGCUGCAACAAGAGAAACGAAGACCCGGUGCGUUACUAUCCGGAUCGCAGAUCGCAGCGGCAUCGACGGACGUGCUGAAUCGACGAAGACCCCGUGGGAGCCGAUCGAUUUACGAUCGCGUCGUAAAUUCACGGCAACCGACAGGCGAUCUCCGAAGAGACGCAAGAUUCCACGAGUACGACAUUGUCGCGCGCGGGCCAGCGCCGUGACGAUUCGCGGUUCUCCGGAACGGAGGAAGGAAAAACGAGAGGACCGAAAGUUGAAUGAAGAAAGAAAGGAACGGAAGAACGGAGAAGGCGAAGGAGAUAAGUGGUUGCCGCGAGGAUAUCAUUGCUAGCUUCUCUCGACGUCCGCGCAGUCAUGAGAUUUUAUACUCGAUGUUCAUGAGAUUUUUCUUCCAGAUGAUCCCUCCACGAAAAAGGACAACCACCCACCCCUAUAGAGCAUCGACGAACAAUCUCCCCAAUAAACCAUUCACGAAUCUCACUCGGAAGACGAGUCUCGAACGCGAAGGAAGAAAUGGGUGUCUGGGUAUACGAAAGUCGCGCCAAACGAGCCUCGAGGAGGGAAAAGGAGAGAAGCAAAGGGGAGAAAGGAAGAGAGAAGUGGGUCGUGUCGCGUACCGAACGCGUAAAUCGCGAGGCGCGAUCGAUCGCUCAGGGUCGGUGCGGUGUGCGGUCAGCGUAGAGGAAAACAGAAGGAAAAGAGAAGUCGAGGAAACGAGAAGAAAAAGCCGUUGGUCAGUCGACGACGUCUGCAUACGUACCUCCUCGAAAACGCUGCCCACGUUCGCGGUGACCAGGAGUACCGGAACGCCGUCACCCGCCAUUCUCCUCUGGGUGUACGUCGAGAAAAAGGGCCUGUCUUUAAAGAGAUCCUGUCGUCGGGGUAGACGUGUCGGCGUGCAGCGACGCAGAUGAGGGACAGACGCCUGUCACGCGAGCACACGGUGCACUGGCUCGUCGAGAGUGCUCGCCAGCGAACGGCACGGAGCGAGCGAGCCGCUGGCCCGAGCUUAGCGAGCAAGCUUGAGGCGAGCUUGAAGCGAGCACACCGUCACACACUCGUGGGAAUGAAUGUUACCGUGGCCGCGCGCGACAGAGAGAGAUAACGGAGGGAAAAGAAGAAGCCGAGCACACUCGCGUACAGGUUCCCGAGUAGGCUAAGUCACCCCUGCCGAUGGUAGGUCCGCGGCGUGUCCGCAGGGAGCGAUCAAUCCCUGUGCCGAGUGGUGGCCACGGUCCCGCGGCGUGUACCGGUCGCAUCAAACCUCGCACCGUGAAUACGACACAUUAUUAAUCGAAUAACGUGAGGCGAGGCUCGUUCGCGCGCACCAGAGAGAAAAGUUGUGCGGUGCGAUGAUGCUGCCGGCGGUGGCGGUGCUGCUGGCGACCGCGAUCGUCCCCGCGAUCGGCGAGACCGUUCGGACCACGGAGGUGUUCGUGAUCCCCAUCAGGCCGGAGACGUUCGAGUGGAGCAGCGCCGACGGACGAGAUCAGUUCUCCUAUCAGCCUUCGUUGCUGAACGCCCCGGAUCUACCCUCGUGGAUCCACUACACUUACAGCAAGAGGGACCACCGUGGCUUUCUCUAUGGAGUCGCGCCGAAGGACCAAAAGUACUUUCAGUUGGGUAUCGUGGGCCUGAACAAGCACACCUACGAGACCAGGUACAAGAUCCUGGACAUGAACGUGCUGGAGAAGGAGAAUCUAACGAAAUACGAGGUCCACCUGAAGAUCGACAAUCUGAACGUGGAGGACAUGUUCGACCGCAACAGAACCGAGGAGCUUCUCGAUAUAUUUAGGGGCAAGCUGUGGAAAGAUGCCACCGAUUUGUACAUAACUUUCCUCGCCUCCGCCAUCGAGCUGGGCGCGCGUCUUCCUCUGAAACCGAGCGAGGGCGAAGGAGUCGUGGUGCGGCUGGGCAGCUCGACGCCGUUCUCGCAGGAACUGAACGAGCUGCAGGAAGAGGUGAAGCCGCUGUGGAAGCUACCCUCCUGUCCCAGGGACUUCAAACGCACCAGCGUCGAGAGACUCUUCAGGGAAGCGCGAUUCGCGCUGGACUGGUGUUCCUUCAGAUUAGUGCGUGCGGAGCGAGAGCAGCAGAGCUUGCAGCACGAGAGCGCCAGGCGAGGGCCGAGCGUGAACGCGCCGGGAUUCCUAGACGUGUUCGAGCACUCCGAGUGGCGAUGGGCGAGGUCGACGAAGGCCAGCGUCCCCAGCAGGAGCUACUUCAAAGAGAUCAUCACCUCGGUGUUCGUGCCUAGCAUCCUGCUGCUGGUGCUGGCCGCGCUGCUCAGCACGGUGCUGUGCCUGAACCACGAGAAGAUGAACGAUCCCGAGUCCGAGGAGUUCUUCGUCGAGUUGUUUAACGUUUUCCACGGCGAAAAGGCAGUCAGCGACGAGGACAGAGAGUCUAGAACUGCGGAAGGAAUCGGUAGCAACAACAUACAAAUGGUCCAAUAUGCUGCGUCGGAGAGGGGAACUUUGAAGUCGCUCGCGGCACAGCCAUCGAGCCCCAAUGACUCUUUGCUGAGAAGCCCUAGAGUCUCCAACGAGCGAUGCAACCCGUACGUCCGUCCAAAUCCGCCACCCUAUACAGGUCCAGGAAAUUUGGCCGGCAUCCGCGCUGAUUUCUGACUACACGAGGAGCCAGCUAAGACGUGGUUCUGCUGAGCGACUCAGCUCCGCCGUUUGUCCGCUAGGAAUCGCGAAAUCGUCAAAACUGGCUCCGCAUCUCGCUCGUUACUUCAAGAUAGUUACUUCGUCUUCGGUAAUCACCCUUUGCACUCGAAAGCUUUUCACUUGAAGUACUCUGUACUCUCUAAUUUGAUAUAGACGAGAUUCUUUAACCCUCUGUGGGUCGAAUUUUUGUUCAUUAUUAUAACAAAAUCUAUGCAGUAGAAUUAAUGUAUUCAAUUGUUUCAAUAAUUUCAUCAAACAUAUAUUUUGUAACUUUCAAAGUUUCAGUUUACUGAUUACUUAAUUUUACUCACCACUUUCAGUGGAAAAUGAAAGAAAUCAACAAGUCAGUAUACUGAUAUGUGACUGCAAAAUUACACGGGCCUACAAAGGGUUAAAAUGAAUUUAACAAUGAAUCAUACAUAAAUUAGGUAACCAUUUCCUUGUAAUAGCUCACAUACUGAUGCAGUAUAAGGUUAAUGGUAAAUCCCAAAAUUUAUAAUUUUGUUGGAUUCAAUCAUCCUAGACUGGGAGUCGCCUCUCGAGUGCAAAGGGUUAAUCGAUGGGUUCGAUGAUUGCAAUAACACGACGUAGACCUGUAAAAUGUUCUGCUCGUAAUAUACUUUUUAUAAUAUUAAAAGAUUGCUACUUGUUUACCGUGAAACUGUGUACCGUGACGAUCAGUGGUUUUUUCGAAGGUGCGCAAAGAAACAUGUAAAAAUGUAAAUGACUUGUUUCUUGGCUCUUUGUUACAUAUCCUCGAUCACGACGCACCGAGUUGCACACUGAUUGCUGAAGUUAGAAAUGUACGAUAAUUAGACGUGACCGUAGUAAAUGGCAUAAUUGCUGCGCAUAACGAGUAGCGAACGAUGCCCACGCAUCGGUAAUUGUAUACGGUUACCGAACAAUCCUCCGACUUUAAUAAAUGAAAGUGAAUGGUAAUUUGUUUUCACUUCGCAUUA